AUGCUCACGCUAUUGAUCACCAUUGGCUUCCUCAGCACAGCCACUGGCAUCGCCAAAGCUCUCAAAGUGACCCAGCCAGCAGUGGUGUUGGCCAACAGGCAAGGAGUUGCCAAUCUGGUGUGUGAAUAUAAGCACAUUGGGAAUGCAGAGGAAAUCCGAGUGACCCUGCUUAAACAGACGGGCAAGGAGUACACCGAGAUCUGUGCUUCAACCUACACAACUGAGUACCAGAUGUUCAUUGUGGAAAAGAUCAUUGAGUGUCAUGUCAGCCCCAGCCAAAACAAUGUGACCCUCACUCUCAUGGGGCUGCACGCUACUGAUGCUGGUCUAUACAUCUGCAAGAUGGAGCGGCUGUACCCACCACCCUAUUAUAUGAACACAGGCAAGGGAACACAGCUCUUUGUCACUGAUCCAGAGCCCUGCCCAGACACUGACCUGUAUCUCUGGAUAUUAGGAGCAGCUGCUUCAGGAUUGUUUAUUUACAGUAUCUUCAUUACAGCCUGUGUCCUGAGCAAAGCGAUUCGGAAGAGGAAAUAUCUCACUACGGGGCUCUAUGUGAAAAUGACUUCAGAGGAAGAGAAGAAAGUUAAGCCGUAUCACAUCGUCAUUCGCUGA